ACAAGAUGGAGAUGGAUGGAGGUAGUAAGUACAGAUCAAGAGGCCACACAAUGGGCGGCAACAACUACAAGAGGCUUCCCUACCUGCUGCUGCUGCUGCUGGCCAUCGGCGCCGCCAUGCUGAGCGUCAGCGUGCUGCACAAGAUGAGGGAGCGGCGCCUCCUCUCCGUCCUCCUCCAGGAACGCGAGCAGCAGCUCAUGUCCCUCCAAGUCCGCCUCGAGAAUGAAAAGGAAAUCAGUAAAGAGAUGAGGAGAAAAGUGGAUGAACUGGAAGCUAAAACGUCUAUCCUGAGUAUUGAGAGGACAGAACUGAAGAACAAAGUCAUGAAUUCAGAAACAACCACCACCUAUCUUACCAACACCCAGAAAGAACUGGAGGCAGCUCUUGUGGAGAAAGAGAGCCAUAUCAACCAAAUGAAAGAGAUUGUAGCUGCUUCAGGGCCUGACCAGAUGUCCGCUAUAAAAGAACUCCUGCAACAAAAGGAAGCUGAGCUUGAAGAGAUCAAGACCAAGUUCAGCGGCAGUGCUGUGUUAGCCACAAACAAUGAAAAUGCAACUACUGAUACUGUAGCACCCGAGAAUUCUGCAAGCUCUGGUGAUACCGUACCUGCUCCAACAGAAGAAGAUCAUUCCUAUAACACCACUGCAUCAGAGAGCAACCACCAAGACGAGAGAAUUUUAGAGAGCACAAACAACAAAGAUGUAAAUCCUGAUGCUGUGAUACCUGAGGAGAAAACAAACUCCAGUGAUUCCAUGCCUGCUACAGGAGAACUGCAUUCUGACGAGGCCACUGCAUCCGAGAGCAACCACCAAGAUGAGAGAACUGUAGUGGGCACAAACAACGAAGAUGCUGUAACUCCUGACACUGUGAUAGGUGAGGAAAAAGCAAACUCCGGUGGUUCCACACCUGAUCAAGCAGAAGAACUGCAAGCCUACACCACCACCACAUCCGAGAGCAACCACCAAGAAAAUAGUUCAUCAGAAGGUCGAUUUGUAAAGUUCACAACUAACUUCGAUGAUGAUGCCUUACAAGAGAAAACAGACGAUGCCAAUCAAAGUUCAGACGAUCCCCCUCCAAAGGGCACACAUUCAGAGCAAUCUGAACUUCGUCAAUCGGCAGACAGUCAAGAAAUCAGCAAAGAAGAAGUAGAUGGGAGAAAACAAUUGGAGGAUACCCAAGGCGAAGUCAGCUACCACAGCAGAGAGAGUAAGCUGCUUGAGAAGGAAGACGGCAAAGAAGUUGCUAGAGAACCAGAGAAGGAAAUGAACCCUGAUGGUGAGAUGAAGAUCUCAAAAGACAGUCAAGAAAUCAGCAAAGAAGAACUCGAUGGGAAAAAACAAUUGGAGGACCCCCAAGGCGAGGUCAGCUACCACAGCAGAGAGAGUAAACUGCUUGAGAAGGAAGAUGGCAAUGAAGUUGCUAGAGAAGCAGAGAAGGAAAUCAGCCCUGAUGGUGAGAUGAAGAUCUCAAAAGACAGUCAAGAAAUCAGCAAAGAAGAACUAGAUGGGAAAAAACAAUUGGAGGACCCCCAAGGCGACCACAGCACAGAGAGUAAGCUGCUUGAGCAGGAAGAUGGAAAAGAAGUUGCUAGCGAACCAGAGAAGAAAAUCAACCCUGAUGGCGAGAUGAAGAUCUCAAAAGACAGCUUGACUGAAGCCAACCAAGAGAUAAUGCAAGUCGUGGAACCUGUUGCCAGCCCCGCAGAUGCAAAUCUCAGCUUGUCCACAAAUAACAGGGAAACAAAAGAAACAAGCAAGAGGCGUAGGAAGAGGAAGUCCAGAUCCAAAAGGAGGAAGAGGACAGAUGUUGCUGCCAGCAAUGUUGAUGGAGAAGUCAUCAAAGGGAGGUAGAUGCCCAGCGAAUCCGUAAGGAACUGUUUAGAUUUGAAGAAACACUGCAAUACAAUGAUGGAAGGUACAGAAAGGAAAAUUUGCAAAAGCAUAUCACAAGAGGCAAAACCUUGAUCACUGGCAUAUGCUGAAUAGCUCUGAAGAGAACAAUGGGAAAUAAUAUAGCUACACAGCUUGUAUAAUUAGUUAUCAGUUUGUAGCUGAUGGCAGCAUAAAUAAUUAUUUAUUUCCUGAAUACUGAAAAUUGAUUCUUCGGUGAACCUAGUAGUAAGCCAUGUUGCACUUUACUUCCUGUGAACACCUAGCUGCAUGGUAGUUUUCACUAGAAAGUUCUUUCAAUGAUAAAUUUCUCUCUGAGGUUACAACAUAAGAAUAUUAUGUACAAUUAUUACUACAAGCACAUGUGCUGAAGACAUGUUUGCCAAGCAUACAAGUACAACAGAUAUAUGAAAACAAAUUACCAGAAAACAAUUUUCUCACAGCAGGCACAAAUCUGCACCCUCUGAAUAAGCUUUAUUGGCCUCACGCAGAAAAGGUACAAACAAAAUUGAACAACUACGAAUAUAAAUUAACUUCUGAAUCAGUGAAUCUGGAAAUGAUAUAAGAUAAUUCUUCUUCUGAAGAUGUAUAAAUAACCAGACAAAAAAAGGUUGACCUGUCUGAAUAUCCAAUAAAUAUGUAUCUCAAAACUUGUUGUAGCACCUCAAUAAUUUAAAUCAAUUCUACAAUUAUGCCCUUCCUCCAGUUUCACCAAAAAAUCAAAAUGGAAAAAAUUACAUUGGUGGUUGCAAGUUAUGAAGCCAUGUACUUGAUGCUGUUCAAGUAGCAGCCUACUGAAUGCCAAUCUUAGCUCUUCUGCUAUUACCUGUAUGGCCGGUCAUACCUGUAGUCGAUGUACCUUAUCGACUACACAUGCCAGCAUAAACAACUGUCCAUGUUUAAUCUGAGGGUGUAACUUGUGAACGAAGCCUAUCGAAUUCACAAGAAUGUUCGUGUGUGCCUGUUCAAGCUAUGCAUUUGAAGCAUGUCCAUCAAAAGGUCA